ACGACAUAACAGUACACGUUGAAGCAGACGAGUUGACAGAUGCUUUCAACUCAGUGAUGCUUCACUCCUGUUAUGUCGAGAAACAUGGAUGAUACAUUUCAUUUAAUUAACUAUACUUAUUAUGUAUUGCUAUAGAAUGACUUACCAAAUAUACAUUAUUUUCUUUCUGUCUAUUUUUAAUUUCGUUUUUGAAAAUAAUGCCAAAACCAUAUUGGGUUCUGUCUCGACAGCUGCGUCUCAGAAAGAAUGGGGCCAGUUUAUCACCACCUUUUGUUUCCACGGUGAUGCCCUACUGAAUUACACUCUAAACACUACCGGUAGCACACCACCUAAGCUGUACCUGUUCCUCAACGAAGACUGGCGUGAUGCUCUCUUGACCACAUCUGACUGUCGACACAAAUUGUCCAAGUCCAGGGCUGUGUAUGAACUGAAGGGCACCAAUGGCAGCAUCACGAUAUCUCACUACAAACAGCCUCGUCUGUGGAACAUUCUGUACGCAGAUGCCUACACCUGUGAUGUUGAAAGGCCCCUGUUCCCUGGAGAGUCUCCAAACUACAUCGCCUAUAAAAUACAGCUGUUCAAUCCUGAUGCUCUGGGCAAUCCAACAGAACACUUCGGUGAUGAUGAAACAGGGCUGCUGAGGUUCUACCAGAUGUUGAUUCUGGCCUAUUUUGUGAUUGGCUGUAUAUUUGUUCCUCGCCUACACGAGACGCUGAAGAAGGGUGGCCCUAUGCAGCUUGUGCUCAUCCUACUGACCUUGUCUACAGGACUUCAGGCUCUGGGAGCCUUCACCAUGAUGAUUCAUUUACAGUGGUAUUCUAAAGAUGGUAGCGGCUCACCUUUCCUGGGACUGUUAGCAGAAUUUGUGGACGUGUUGUCUCAGUUUGCUAUGCUGUAUAUGUUGCUGAGCUUGAGUCUGGGCUGGACCCUAGGUACCUCCUACAGGUUCUCACAUCUACAGAUGAUCACCAAGAAACCGGCCGCCCGGAUCGUAGGGGUCAUGGGGGUCAUACAGGCUUUACUGUUUAUGUGGGAGCAGUAUGCUGACAGAGAACACCGAAUGUACCAUGCACAGCGGAGCUAUGGCGGCCUGGCUCUUGUCUUUCUCCGUAUUCUGCUGGCUGCUCUGUUUGCCUGGAACCUUCAGAGCACUGUGGCCUCAGAAAGAAGUGCCCUGAGAAGAGAAUUUUACAAGUCCUUUACUAAGUGCUGUAUGCUGUGGUUCCUUUGUUAUCCGGUCAUUGUCGUGGUUUCCUGGUUAUUAUACGAAUACCUUAGAUUCAAGAUGAUAACGAUGGGCGUGGUGCUAUGUCAGUGUUUUGCGGUGGCCAUGUUGUAUAAAUUAUUUCUGUCCCGGAGUCUGUACUGGGAAAUAUCAGCUCUGUCCAGUACCCUGCCUCUGAGGAUAGAUAAAAACUUUGGCAUAAAGGCGUACUCCUGACAGAAGUAUUUAUAUAUUGGGUGUAAGAAAUGGAGUGGAUGGUAAUGUCUUUUGUGAUACAAGUGGUUGUUCAAAUAUCGAACAAAUAUGUUUGAUGGACAAAAUAUCAGGUAUUUUAACAGUUUUUAUAAGCUUUAUUUUUAAAAAAGUAAAUUUUUUUGGAUUGACACAUUUUGUUGAUUAUUAUGAAUGCUAUUUUGAGUAAAAGUUUCUGUACAAUUGAUUAAAAUGUAGUGAGUGAAAUUAUGUUUGCUACUGGGAAAAGAUACUGUGCUACCUUUAUACAAUUAUAUAGAACCAGAGGAGAAAAAUCUCCAGAGAUUCUCAAGAACCAACUUCUUGCUAUGUUCAUGUGUUGUGGUUCACUACUUGAAUUCAUAUAUUCAUAUAUGACCUUGUGAAGCCUUUAUUAACUUUGUAUGUUUUGAGUUAUGAAAUAGGGAUUAAAUUUACUCCAACCACUAUAAAGGUUUUUUUCUAACAAAAAUGUAAUACAAUUUAUUUAUCAAAAAGAAGUGAUGAAUUCAAAGACGGUUAUAAGAUCAUUGAAUUAAUACUGGUACAGAUGUUACAAUACCCAAUAUAGAUCUGAUUCCUUAAAGUAAUUGAAAUCAUUUAAAAUUCUCUUUAAUCACUCCUAGCCUUGAACACAACUCAAGCACAGAAGUUUUUGAGUGGGUACUUGUGUGAUAUUUGGGAGUGGCAGAUGAAUCGGGUAGAUGUCAAGCUCUUAGGGGACCUAGAGUAUGCCUCUGGAAAAUGUUUGAAAUAGAAGCUGGAUUGAUGUACAUCCAGCUUUUGUCUCUUCAUGUGAGAGUUUAACUGUUUAAAAUUAAAUUAAAAUAAUGUGUUAGCCUUAUAUUUGUUUGCUACUAGCUAGGUUGUAACUUUAUUUUUACAAAAAAUUUUGAAGUCAGCAAACAGUAGUUGAUCUCAUAAUGCAAUGAAUCUGUAACAUGAGUACCAGGGUCGUAAUUACGUCAAAGUUUAAAACUUUAGCAGUUAGGGAAAAUUACCAAAUUUCAGAAAUUUUCAUUUUUCACAAUUUUAUUGUUUCAGAAGCCAAGUGGGGCUUUAAAGUUUGGGAAUUCAGUUUUUGGGCUUUUGAAAAAGAGUUGGGCCUUGGUUCCAAAGUGAAUUAUACAUUUAUAUUUCUAAAGUCAAAUAUUGAUGAAAGAAGAAACACUUUGGAUUGUAAUGAACUUAUUAGGUGUGGCGAGCUGAACAUUUCUAUCCAACUAUUGUGUUGUAAUGUUCAGUAGCUAUGUACACUGAACUUGGAUGUUUGUGUUAGGCAAUCGUAAGAAUAUCUUUAAAAAUAUGUUGUGGAGUUCCAUGACAUCACCUUGGUUACAACCAGAGAAAUAUGUUGUGGAGUUCCAUGACAUCACCUUGGUUACAACCAGAGAAAUAUGUUGUGGAGUUCCAUGACAUCACCUUGGUUACAACCAGGGAAAUAUGUUGUGGAGUUCCAUGACAUCACCUUGGUUACAACCAGGGAAAUAUGUUGUGGAGUUCCAUGACAUCACCUUGGUUACAACCAGGGAAAUAUGUUGUGGAGUUCCAUGACAUCACCUUGGUUACAACCAGGGAAAUAUGUUGUGGAGUUCCAUGACAUCACCUUGGUUACAACCAGGGAAAUAUGUUGUGGAGUUCCAUGACAUAACCUUGUUUACAACCAGGGAAAUAUGUUGUGGAGUUCCAUGACAUCACCUUGGUUACAACCAGGGAAAUAUGUUGUGGAGUUCCAUGACAUCACCUUGGUUACAACCAGGGAAAUAUGUUGUGGAUUUCCAUGACAUUACCUUGUUUAAAACUAAAGUAUACAAUUUUCGGACACCAGCACUUAGAAACAGUUUAAAUUCCAUAUCCAUAUUGACAAAUGUUACAGGUGAAGAUUUCCUCUGACAAGAAUUUAAUUUUUGAGAAUAUAUAAAGUGAAACCUCUCUAAUCUGACCUACCCAGUAAGUGUUUCAGGUUUGGUCAGGUUGUCAGAUUAGAGAGGUUUCACUUGUACCUCAAGUCUGAAUUAAUCUAGAUUUUAAUAUUAAAAUAAUUUUUGUAUAAGUAUUGUUAUCAUUCAUCAUUAACAUUUACAAAUUGUGUUUAAAACGCCAUAAUAGUGUUCACAAUGUUUUCAUCGUGUUCAGUUUACUCCAGUCUUUUAUGGGACAUACCGGGUCAUUGCUUAUUUUCUCUGAAUUAAAGAAAGCUUCAGCAAAUCCUAAUAUCAUGCGACAAUAAAAUAAUAUUCUGACAUACA